AUGCACAGCGAACGUUUCUACGCAAUUCGGCCGAUCCCUGAUAAAGGUUAUGGUGUUGUUGCCGCGACCAAGAUCAAUAAAGGUACACGGAUUAUCUCUGAGUCUCCGUUGUUCAGGGUCGAUCAGCAUGGUGACUCGAGCAAGAAAAAGGAGCUGCGCAAACUCAUGUCCAAAAAGGUUGCCGGUCUUCAUGAAGAACAGCGACAGGCAUUUCUCUCCUUGCACAAUGCAUUUGAAGACGAAGACGGCGUGGAGCUGGGAAUUGUCCGAACCAACGCGCUUCCACUGGGAUCCAAUGCAACAGAGGGAGGUAUGUUCUUAGACUCGGCGCGUAUCAACCACUCAUGCAAUCCCAAUGCGCAAAACACCUGGAAUGAGAACCUCCAGAAACUCACGAUUCAUGCUAUUCGGGACAUCCCAAGGGACGAGGAGAUCACAAUCUGCUAUCUCUCGACCAUCCAGAACCGCAGCGCUCGGCAGUGCGCACUGCAAUCCUGUUUUCGCUUCGUCUGCUCUUGUAGUCUUUGCGCCUUGCCGGUUGAUCAGUCUAGAGCCAGUGAUAAAAGAUGUGACGAGAUCCAGAGACUCGACGACGCGAUCGGGGACGGACCAGGGGCGCUCUUUUCUCCCUUGCAGACUCUUCAUUCCGUGCAUCGACUGCUAAACCUUCUGGAAGACGGAGGGUUCACUGGUGCCAGCAUACCAAGAGCCUAUUACGAUGCCUUCCAAAUCGCCGUUGUACACGGAGACAGAGCCAGAGCAAGGGUCUUUGCCGAAAGAGCCGCUUCCGCUCGGAUAGUCUUAGAAGGGAAAGAUAGUCCGACCGUGGAGCAAAUGGAGAGCUUGGCCAGGAACCCUGCACGCCACCCAGCAAUUGAUGGGACGAAUAAGUGGAAAACGACUUUGGGUGACAUUCCAACUGAGCUAGACGGGGGUGCCUUUGAAGGCUGGCUCUGGAGGAAAGAAGUUGUCUCUCAGUACGCCAACUUGCGAGUGGAGUCGGCGUUUCCUUCAUUUGCUGGACUGCCCUGGGAUAAUGACAUCGACUUGGAGUUCCAUGAAAGCGUUGAUGGGGUUUACCGUCCACGCAGGCAUUGGUGCUUCCUUGCGGAAAUUGUUGAUAUCGAGAUAUUUUUACGCCUCAAGCUGAUCGUUAAGGAUAAGGCUGGCCAAAAAAUUCCGAUUGCCUUUUACACCGAUGAUCGUGGUUUCAACCUCAAUCCUCAGAAAUGUCACACAGUUGCGAUCCUCUAUGCAGAACAGCAUGGGUUUCUAGAUCUUUCAGUUGGGAUUCGACAAGAAACCCACGCGACGGUGAACAUUUUUCCCUUCCAGAUGUCUUACUUACUGGCCCUGAGUGAUAGAAUACAGCAGUAUUCGACCGAAACAAACGGGGUGAGAAUGUGCCAGGGAUGCAAUAGAAAAGCAGCUGAUAUGAAAAAAUGUGCGAGGUGCCACCUCUUCUGGUAUUGUCAUAAGGAUUGCCAAACCACUGGCUGGAAACAGAAAGGCCACAAGGUAGAUUGCCAGCGACUUAAGGAUUCUGACCUGCAGAAGUUAUUUCUUGCCAAGUGGGGUGCAUUUCGGGGCUACUUACAGUUUGAUCCCAAAGAAUGA